GUUGUCCAUUUUCUUGUUUUCGUAUGUCUAGAAUUAGUGGUCCACUUCCCAUAAUAUAAACAAAUUAUGUAUUAACUGUCUAAAAUAUCUUAGAGAUGGGACUUGAGUGACAUUUAAAAUUAUUUCUUAAAAAUGAGUUUUUUCUUAGAAAGUGGACAACUAAAUUCGGGCAGAGGGAGUAUUUGAGUUUCAGAAGCAUGGUUCCUCUACGCACGCUUGAGUAUGUUAUUCAAGAUUUGCAUGUAUUUCCAGGAAUACAUUCAAGAUGGCAUUGACUGGAAAAGAGUUGAUUUUGAAGACAACACAUAUUGUCUAAAUCUUUUUGAGAAGAAACCACUUGGACUGUUAUCUCUUUUAGACGAGGAGUCCACCUUCCCUAAUGGCACAGACUUGACAUUUGCAAAUAAACUCAAGCAACACUUAAGUUCUAAUUCAUGUUUCAGAGGUGAUCGAGGCAGAGCUUUUACUGUGUGCCAUUAUGCAGGGGAGGUCACAUAUGAUACAUCUGGUUUUCUUGAGAAGAACCGUGAUUUACUCCAUCUGGAUUCCAUUCAACUUCUCUCUUCUUGCGAGUGCCGCCUUCCUCAGAUAUUUGCAUCCAGCAUGUUAAAUCAAACAGAUAAGAUUGUUGUAGGCCCUUUGUACAAAUCAGGCGGUGCAGAUUCUCAGAAAUUAAGUGUUGCCACAAAAUUUAAAGGUCAACUGUUCCAACUGAUGCAACGCCUUGAGAGUACUUCAUCACAUUUCAUACGCUGCAUCAAGCCUAACAAAUGUCAAUCUCCCGGGAAGUAUGACCAGGGACUUGUUUUGCAGCAGCUGCGAUGCUGCGGUGUUUUGGAAGUAGUACGAAUAUCUAGAUCUGGAUUUCCUGCAAGAAUGUCACAUCAAAAAUUUGCUAGAAGAUAUGGCUUUCUGCUACUAGACCAUGUUGCCUCACAAGACCCUCUAAGUGUUUCAGUUGCUAUUCUUCAUCAGUUCAACAUUCUGCCUGGUAUGUAUCAGGUUGGCUAUACCAAGUUGUUCUUCCGAACUGGGCAGGUUGGGGUCCUGGAGGAUACUAGAAAUCGCACCCUCCAUGGUAUGUUACGUGUUCAAAGCUGCUUCAGAGGCCAUCAAGCUCGUAAAUACAUGAAAGAAUUGAAGAGUGGAAUUAUUACCAUCCAGUCAUUUGUUCAUGGUGAAAAAACCAGAAGAGAUUAUGCAAUCUCCCUACAUAAACACCGAGCAGCUGUGUGCAUACAGAAACACAUAAAAGAAAGGAUUCGCAGGAGGACUUAUAAAAAUGUUUGUAGUGCAUCCAUCCUGAUACAAUCCGUUGUACGUGGGUGGCUGGUAAGAAGAUGCUCGGGAGACAUAGGGCUUCUACAAUUUGGGGGCAAACAGGCACAGAAUGGGUGUGAAGAGGAGGUAGUGGUGAAGUCUACAUUCCUCGCAGAAUUACAACGGCGAAUACUAAGGGCAGAAGCCGCACUGAGGGAGAAAGAAGAGGAGAGGGACAUGCUUCACCAACGGCUCCAGCAGUACGAAACCCGUUGGUCAGAGUACGAGCUGAAAAUGAAGUCAAUGGAAGAAGUGUGGCAGAAACAAAUGAGAUCACUGCAGUCGAGUCUGUCCAUCGCAAAGAAGAGCCUGUCCUUAGAUUGCUGCGACUCCUCUGCAAGGAACUCUGAUGCGUCAGUGAAUGCCGCGGGAAGUGAUGAGAGAGAGUCCAGUUGGGAAGCCCGGAACAGCAAUGGUGCGAGGCCCAGCAGUGUUGUGAUCACCCGGUUGGCCGAGGAGUUUGAGCAGAGGAGUCAGAUCUUUGGGGAUGACGCGAGAUUCUUGGUCGAAGUGAAAUCAGGCCAGAGCGAGGCUGCAAACUUGAAUCCUGAUCAUGAGCUCAGAAGAUUGAAACAGAUGUUUGAUGCCUGGAAAAAGGACUACGGCGCAAGGCUAAAGGAAACCAAGGUCAUAUUGAGCAAGCUGGGUAGCGGGGGUGAAGAAGGGGGCGGGUCUAGUGGUGGCAGUGAUAAAACAAAAAAGAAAUGGUGGAUGAUGAGGAAUAGCUCCAGGUUUGUUUAACCCAUCUAUCCAGAGAGAGAGCUGAGUUAUUAAUUACUCCUACGGAGUAUUAGUUUUGUAUAGAGUGAGUGAGUGAGUGAGUGAGUUCCGUUGUAAAAUUCAAUAGCGAGCCAAUUUCCAUUCUUUGUUCAUCAACAUUACUUUAAGUUGAGUGUUGAUACGAAUCCUUAUUACGCAAUUAAUUCUGUAAUGCACGACGACAUUUGAUGAUUUAGCAAUGAUUUUUCUUUUUUAAUUUUAAUUUAAAUUUGGGUUAUGUUUGUUAUGU